AUGGAUGGCACCAUGAAGUUGUUCCUGAUUGGCCUUCUGGGAGUGUUCAGCGCCGUGUUUCUCGCGGCCGCCCCGGCCUAUGCCUUUUACCCGAGUACCUAUAGUUACGGCAUCAGCCCAUACAGCUACGGAUAUGGCGUCAGCGGUGGCGACGGCGGCUUUGGUGGAAUCUUCAACAUUUUGAUUUUCCUGUUCGUCUUCAUCAUCAUCAUCAAUGUUCUGUUUGGAACUGGAUUUAACAACAACAACAACAACAAAGGAGGCAGCAACUAUGGCAACAACAAUUACGGCAACAACUAUGGCAACAACCAUCAUGGCAGCAGCUAUGGCGGAAGUGGUAGAGGAAGGUACUAUGAUGAUUGGUACAAGAAAUAAACCUUACACUUUGAGACUGACUGCUUUCCAUGUUCGACCGCUCUAAGCCAAUCUUACCUCACUGCACUGUUGUGGGACCGAGAUCUAUUGACUUGUGUUUGUUAACAGAUCUUUGAUCUGAACACAAUACUGCGUGUAUAAUAAACUUU